GAAAUUUACCCAACGUUGUUUCUUUGACAGGGAAGGGGACUGUCUGAAAGACGCUACAUUCCUGCAGUCCUAUCGUGUCGUGUCGGGCUGAGCCUUCUCUGUCAAGGAGUUGCGGAUAAGCGGGUGAAAGAGGAUGUCCUCUCAUCUGAAGCCUCUGGAGGGUCCUGGCCUAGCAGCUGAGUUCUUUUUGGGCUUGGGACAGCAGGAUUAACUGCUGAGGUCGUGAGAGAGUGUGGCUUUGUCCAGCUCAUUACUCACCAGAUUGGUUGGGGUCUGGGGGAUCUAAACAAAACUUAUAGAAAGAUAAACUGGAAGAAAUGAAAAGAAGCCCCUAGAAUCGUCUAGAAUCCGUUAGCUGGAUUCCCUCUUGCUGCUCAGAGCCCAGAGGGAGGCUGUGAUCCGAUUAAGCUCUGGGCCCACUUAAGUAAAGCAGCGACAGCCCAGCAAGAGCUCCUGCAUGUGAGCCACACAGAAGGAUUCAAAGUUGCUGCAUACUUUACUCUGAGAUCCGUGGAGAUAGAUUGAAGAUAACGAUACGGGCUUUUCUAUCUAAUAAUGCUGGAUCUAGGAGAAGCAUGAACCAUUUUAAGCAUCUAAGAGGGUUCUUGAAGCACAGGAGUUGGUGGCCAACCCUCCGAGUGCAGGUAAGAACCUUUGCAGCAUCCAGCUAAGCAGGUUGGUGAGCCAGGACUUGCAGCCCUUCCAGUCCCCUGACAGCUGGCAGCAGCGACCUCACCAGGAGCCAAAGCAUCCCUCAGUUGUGAGAUCUGACAGAAUGAGGUGUGCUGGGGAAGCCACUAGCUGGAACUUGGCCUUUCCUGACUGCCCCUGCAUUUUCCAGCCAGCCCCAGACCACUGAGGGGACAAUGGCUGAGAAAGGCGACUGCUUUGCCAGUGUCUACGGGUAUGACCUUGGUGGGCGCUUCAUUGACUUCCAACCCCUAGGCUUUGGGGUCAAUGGGUUGGUGCUGUCAGCUACAGAUAGCAGGGCUUGCCGGAAGGUAGCCGUGAAGAAGAUUGUUCUGAGCGAUGCCCGAAGCAUGAAGCACGCGCUCAGAGAGAUCAAAAUCAUCCGGCGCCUGGACCACGACAACAUCGUCAAAGUGUACGAGGUACUAGGACCCAAGGGUACCGAUCUGCAGGGCGAGCUCUUCAAGUUCAGCGUGGCCUAUAUUGUCCAAGAGUACAUGGAGACUGACCUGGCAUGCUUGCUAGAGCAGGGCACGCUGACCGAGGAGCACGCCAAGCUGUUCAUGUACCAGCUGCUCCGUGGGCUUAAGUACAUCCACUCUGCCAACGUGUUGCACAGAGACCUGAAGCCCGCCAACAUUUUCAUCAGCACGGAGGACCUUGUGUUGAAGAUCGGGGACUUCGGGUUGGCGAGAAUCGUGGAUCAACAUUACUCACACAAGGGUUAUCUGUCAGAAGGGUUGGUGACAAAGUGGUACCGCUCUCCACGACUGCUCCUGUCCCCGAACAACUACACGAAAGCCAUCGAUAUGUGGGCAGCUGGCUGCAUCCUAGCAGAGAUGCUCACGGGGAAAAUGCUCUUCGCUGGGGCUCACGAGCUGGAGCAGAUGCAGCUCAUUCUAGAGACCAUCCCUGUGGUCCGGGAGGAAGACAAGGAGGAGCUGCUUAGGGUGAUGCCGUCCUUCGUCAGCAGCACCUGGGAGGUGAAGAGGCCACUGCGCAAGCUGCUCCCGGAUGUCAACAGUGAAGCCAUUGACUUUCUGGAGAAGAUCCUGACCUUUAACCCCAUGGACCGCUUAACAGCUGAGAUGGGGCUACAGCAUCCUUACCUGAGCCCGUAUUCGUGCCCCGAGGAUGAGCCCACGUCACAACACCCCUUCCGCAUUGAAGAUGAGAUCGACGACAUCGUACUGAUGGCUGCCAGUCAGAGCCAGCUCUCCAACUGGGACAGGUAUCCUGUGAGCCUGUCGUCAGAUCUGGAAUGGCGGCCUGACCGGUGCCAGGAUGCCAGCGAGGUGCAGCGCGACCCACGCGCAGGCUCUACACCACUGGCGGAGGAUGUUCAGGUGGACCCGCGCAAGGACUCACAGAGCAGCUCCGAGCGCUUUCUGGAGCAGUCACACUCGUCCAUGGAGCGUGCCUUUGAGGCCGACUAUGGACGGUCCUGCGACUACAAAGUGGGGUCUCCGUCCUACCUGGACAAGCUGCUGUGGCGUGACAACAAGCCCCACCACUACUCAGAACCCAAGCUCAUCCUGGACCUGUCUCACUGGAAGCAGGCGGCCAGCGCACCCCCCAGGGCUGCAGUAGCAGCAGACUCGGUGUCACGGGAGGAUGAGCCAGCAAGCCUCUUUCUGGAGAUUGCGCAGUGGGUCAAGAGCACACAAAGUGGCCCUGAGCGUGCCAGUCCUCCCCCUGAUGCCCCAGAGCCUCGUCUCUCUGCCUCACCCCCAGGACACCCGACACCCAUUGAUGGGGGUGCCAGUCCCCAGUUCGACUUAGACGUGUUCAUCUCGCGUGCCCUAAAGCUCUGCACCAAACCUGAGGACCUACCGGAAAACAAACUGGGCGACCUGAACGGUGCGUGCAUCUCUGAGCACCCUGGUGACCUCGUGCAGACAGAGGCCUUCUCCAAAGAAAGGUGGUGAGCACAGAGGGGUGUGGGAGAACUCCCGGAGCAACAUCCCACCCAGAAAGCUGGACCAUUUCCUUGCUCCCCUCACACUCCUUCGGCCCCUCGCUGCUGCAUUGGGGUUAGCAGAACACACGCGGAUCCGGGGAGCAAGAAGAAUGUCCGUUUCUUAAACUGCCUUAAUAACUAGCCUUUAACCUCUGGGAGCGGGUUUGGACAGAGCCUGGCUGGGAGCUGUCAGUUUCCCAUCGAAAGGAAGGCCUGUUGAGAGUGUGGAAGGGAACAAAGGUAUCUUGGACAGCAGUCUACAGCCCUACGAGGGUUGAGGGGUCAGAAACAGCUAACAGUUUCCAAGCCAUGUGGCCCACCUAGUCUCAAAUGGACAUUUGGGCCCAGAGAAGCCGUUAGGACCACAAGCCUAAUAGUGUCAGGGUAAAGCCUGCGUCCCAAGCUCCUGUCCCUGGACCAGUGUCUGACCACAGUAUAAUGUCUUCCUCUGCUGGGGUCACUCUGGCUUUUUGGUCAGAAAACUUGGUCCCAAGUGCUUCUCGCUUCCCCUUAACAACUGUCCCAUCCGUCCCUUUAAUUUAGAACAAUGGUUCCUGAUUUCUGAAACUGGAAACAGAACCAGUUUCUUUCUCCUAGUCACCAGACGUAUUUCUAUGACUCCCCAAGUGCUUAAAUGUUCUCACCUGCCACUUCCCUGUGUUUACCCAACCCAGCUCAGUCUGAAGUUAUUGCUUCAUAUCAGAGCAGUUUGGAGGCCCUGGGUGAAUGUAGCCGUCUCCCAGGCCUGUGCCUACAGCCCCCUCCUGCAUGCCCUAUGCACUUUCCUGACUUGUUCCCCAGUGGAUAUCCUACAUGGGUGAGUUUGAAGACAGCAAUCACAAGAAUCCCUCUUGUCCAGCCCCCAGCAUCCCACCCACCUCACCCACGUACACACAGCUCCUCUCCAAGCCUAUUUUGGGACUAAAUGUUCUUGGCACAAAUUGCUCAUUUGUAGGAAAAGCAAUAAGGUGCUUUCUAAAAAAACAAAUGUGUUAGGAGGGAAGAUUCCACAGAAGACCCAUCAUCCUUCAUCAGUGUCGCCCAUGGUCAUGAGCAUCCAUUUGGUCCUAGCCAAGAGUGGACCCUAAAGGGAUGUCCUGAGAGCUAGCAACCCUAGGGCAAGAAACCCAGAAAGAUAAACUAGGAGUUUAAAAAAGGGGGUCUCAACCUCAAGUGUCCUAAAGAGUCAGAUGGAGAACCCAAGACAAAGAAAGAAAUUCAAAGUAAUCACCCCCUGGUAGCUUAGGUUAAGACAAACUUGGAGUCAGUCCAAAGCCCUCUGCAGAAAAAGAAUAGGGCAGUGGGUUGGGGAGAAUACCAACAGUCCUCAGUCUGUCCCUGAACACUCUGCCACUGGUAUCCAUCCUCCUCCUUCCCCUUUCCCCUCUCCCUCCACUCCCCCUGCCAAUAUCCCAAAGACACCCUCAAGAGGUCUAGCUGGUCUGCUGAGAGAUCUCCUUGGACUGUGUUCAUCUUCACAUCGCAGCACCUUAAAUCUAGCGAACUAUGAUUUGUAUAUUGAAACCUACAAUAUUUUAACGUAUAUUUUAAAACAAUUAAUCAUGCUGGCCAGUUUUUAAGUGGAAAAAUAUGUAAAUAUAAAGUGUUUAGGUUUUAUUCUUUUUCUCUCUCUUUUUUUUUUCUUUUCCUUAAGAAAAUGCAAUGCACACCACUCCUUAUGUGCCAUUUGUCCUCAGAGGGAAGCUUUACUUUUUGAGUAAAGGAACGUGCUGCUGACUGGACCGCGCGCGCGAGUUCACGGAGAAUUGUUAUAAUUAUUCAUGUUCUUAAAAGAAUCUGUUAAAUAUUAUUAAACUUGAUCAGGAUGAGCCAAAUAAAGUUUUAUUGGAACACAGA